AUGUUCAAGCGAACCAGGCCACCGGAUGGAUUCCUUUUUAAGAACUUCCUGCACAUUGCCCCUGCCAGAUCACAGAUUGAGCUCUCAUUCAAGGGAGGCACAUUGAACCAACAACAGGAUCUGUAUAUGUCAAUGAUGAAGAGGCUUAAGGACCUGGUUGCCUACGUUCCGCAAGACGAUACCCUCAUUGCAAAUUUGACUGUGCGAGAAAACAUUCUCUUUUCGGCCCGCAUUCGGAUUGGCAAUUCAUGUCCUGCCAAAGACCUCGAGAUGUUUGUAGAUAGUCUGAUAUCCGCCUUAGGACUUGAUAAGGUCCGGCAUCAACUGGUAGGAGACACCGCAAAGAGAGGAUUAUCUGGAGGUGAGCGAAAGCAUGUCAAUAUUGGGCUAGAGUUGGUGGCCGCACCCCAAAUUCUAGCGUUGGACGAACCAACAUCUGGCUUGGAUGCAAAAAUGGCACUUGAUAUUAUGCAGCUGUUGAAGGAGUUAGCCACGAAUGGCAUUCUCAUCAUAUGUGUGAUCCACCAGCCAAGAAGCGAGAUAUUUGCCCUUCUUGAUGAUUUAUUGCUGCUACAUGCUGGUCAGCAAAUGUACUUCGGCGCUGCUGCAGAGGCCUCACAAUAUGUGGAUUUAUCUGAUAAGAAGUCUUCUCCGGCUCAAAAUUCUGCCGAUUCCAUCAUGGACGCUCUUGUAAGUGGCCGCUAUCGCAACGACCCUUCGUUCACUUUGGAAAGAAGAGUGAACACUAGCCUGUCCCAAGAUGUUACCAAAACACCUCAUCAGACAAUAACAACAGCAACCGUGCACUCAUUACUCAGUUCGAUUCAACAACUACGAGCCCCGUGGUAUCGGCAACUAGCUCUUGUCUUCAUUAGAGGGAUAAUUCAACAAGGCCGCGAGACAAGCAGUCUCUCUCUCGAGAUGCUCUCGGAGUUGACAUUUUACCGAGAAUCCCACGCUGGGCAUUCAGAGAGUGCUUAUUUCUUCGGAAAGGUUCUUUCAACCAUUCCGCGCAUCUUUCUCUCGGCACUUCACUAUACUACCUUCUUCAUGGUACUCACGACACCAGUUAUCUCCUUUGGUCUCCAGCUGACUCUGGAAAGACUGCCAUACCUGAGUGCGGUGAUUAAGGAAGGCGUUCGCAUCACAGGUGUAGUCGCAUCACGACUUCCACGAAUUUCACCGGAAGAUACCUUGUUCUUUGACAAUUGGGUGAUAACACCGGGAACUCCCGUGAGUAUGUCAAAUCAUUUCAUUCUUAGAGAUCCAAACAUCUUCCCAGACCCUCUUAUGUUCGUUCCUGAACGCUGGAUGGAAUCGAGCCAGAGCCUUGAAAAGUACCUGGUUCCGUUUUCGAAGGGAAGUCAGGGGUGUCUUGGCUUCAAUAUGGCAUAUCUGUGGAUGAAUCUCGGUAUUGCGAGACUGCUUCGCUGCUUUGAUCUGGAGCUAUUUGACACAACAGAGGAGAAUGUUCGGAUAAUUCGGAUCUUGGGGCAGAUUUCAUAA